UCAGUCAAAGAAAGAAAAAGAGCAAAAAUGAGCGUUUGGUUUGGGAGAGGUUUCCUCUUUAACUCUAGCCUUCUGGAAACUUUGAUUUUCGCAGCUAAGGUUUACACAGACUUCAAACCUUUGUCCGAAGAUCUCGCAUCAACUUUGGAGAGAUUAAUUCCUCUGUCGGAAGAGAUAGAAUCUUUCCAAGGGAAACUAGACUUUGCCUAUGGGGAUCUCAAGGAACUUGUUGAUACUCUCUUUCGAGCUCGUGAAGUGGUUAACACCUGUAUAGAAGGCGUCUCUUGGUUCCAGAAACCUAUCCUCACAAGAGAGAUUCAGCGAAUCAUUAAUGAUAUGCUCAAGUUCUCUCAGACUAAGCUACAGUUUCUUCAGUUCAGGACCCUGGACGAUGGUGGUUUAUGUAAGAGAAUUGAUGGCUUCAGCGUUCCUGUUUAUACGGAUCUUUGUUCUGUUCCCCUGCCUGACAAGGAUCUCCUUGGAUUUGAUUACCCCUUGAUGGAGCUUAAGAAGAAGCUCCUUGAUGAUUCCGUGGGUAGUCUUGUGGUGUGCGCUCCUACCGGUUGCGGCAAGACCACGCUCGUUGCUCAGCUUUGCCACGACCAAGAAAUCAAAGGAGUGUUCAAACAUAUCUUCUAUUGGGUUACAUCAAGAACCCCUAACUUGAGGGUCAUGGUACAGCAUCUACUUCUGCACAACGGUUUCAAAGAUCUUACAUUCAGCAACGAUUCUCAAGCAGCAAACUGCUUAAGAAAACUGCUAGAGGAACUUAAAGGAAAUGGUGGUAUAUUGCUGGUGUUUGAUGAUGUGUUUGCUGGAGCAGAAUCCUUGCUUAAGACGUUUCAGAUUAACCUACAAGAUUAUAAGAUUUUGGUCACUUCUCAGUUUGAGUUUCCCAGUUUUGGUCCCACUUAUCAUCUGAAACCUUUGGCACAUCAAGAUGCCAAGAACCUUCUCAUUCAGCUUGCAUCGCCACUGCCUCAUCACACAAAUCCAUAUGAGUUUGAAGAUCUUCUUCAAAAGACGUUGAAACGUUGCAAUGGACUCCCGCUUGUGAUUGAAGUAGUUGGUGUUUCCCUUAAAGGACGAGGUCUACAUUUAUGGAAAGACCAAGUCGAAAGCUGGUCUGAAGGGAAAACAAUUCUAGAACGUCUGCAGCCUAGCUUCGAUGCCCUGAAACCUCAUCUUAAAGAGUGUUUCAUGGACAUGGGCUCGUUUCUUGAGGACCAAAAGAUAUGUGCUUCGGUAAUAAUUGACUUAUGGGUGGAACUAUACGGUACUAGUAGUAGUAGUAGUAUUGUGUACAUGAAGUACCUCAAUGACCUUGCUUCCCAGAACCUGCUUAAACUUAUUCCUCUCGGGAAAAAUGAGCAGGAAGAUGGAUUCUACAAUGGGAUCUUAGUCACUCAACAUGAUGUCCUGAGGGAGCUGGCUAUCCAUCAAAGCCGAUUGGAAUCAAUCUUGGAAACAAAAAGACUCCAUUUGAAGAUCAUAAAGAACAUAUUUCCAGACUGGUAUUCGAAUCUAAGGCAGCCUAUUAAUGCUCGUCUCUUGUCUAUCUCCACAGAUGAUUUGUUCUCAUCGAGUUGGGUUGAAAUGGAUUGCCCCAACGUUGAGGCUUUAAUACUAAAUCUUUCUUCAUCAGACUAUGCAUUACCAAGCAUCAUUGCUGGAAUGAAGAAGCUAAAGGUUUUGACCAUCACAAACCACGGUGUUUCCCUUGCAAAGAUAACAAACUUCGCGUGUCUCGGCUCAUUACCAAACCUGAAACGUAUCAGAUUGGAGAAAGCUUCAGUUACUUUGCUGGACCUUCCCCAAUUGCGACUCGGCAGUCUCCAGAAGAUAUCUUUUGUUAUGUGUAGUUUCCAUGAGGUUUUCUAUGAAUGUGUAGAUAUCGAUAUCUCUAAAGCUCUUCCUAGCUUACAGGAGAUUGAGAUAGACUAUUGCUACGACCUCGAUGAGGUGCCGUAUUGGGUAUCUCAAGUUGUUUCGUUGAAGAAACUGAGCGUCACGAACUGUUACAAGCUUUCUAGACUUCCAAAUGAUAUAGACAACUUGAGUAAACUAGAAGUGUUGAGGCUGGCUUCUUGUUUUAAUCUCUGCGAGCUGCCUGAAACGACUAGCGAACUCAGAAAUUUGCGGUUUCUGGAUAUUUCUGAUUGCACGGGGUUGAGAAAGCUGCCUUUAGAGAUUGGGAAGCUGCAGAAGAAGUUGAAGAAGAUCUCGAUGAGGAAAUGUUGGAGAUGCGAAUUGCCGGGUUCAGUGGUAAAUCUAGAGAAUCUGGAGGUGAUAUGCAGUGCCGUCCCAAACAAUUAUGUGGCUUAAAGCAGUUCAAAAAAAUAUGGCCUUCAUAGAAUUUUUUUUGUUUUUUUUUGUUAAGUAAGUUAAAUUUUCUUUUAAUGUCAUUUUGAUAGUUAUAACAUUAGAAAAUUGAAACUCGA